AUGACGUGUAAGGAUGAACCAUUAUUUACAGCUGACCAGAACGGCUGUGGUCAGCCUCCUGAACUCCAGAUUUCCUCACGAAGCUCACCUUGUUCUCUCAUGGCGUUUAAGGAGGAACCAUUGUUUACAGCUGACGAGAACGGCUGUAAUCAGCGUCCAGAUUUCCAGACUUCCUCACAAUGCUCUCCUUGUUCUCCCAUGACGUUUAAGGAGGAGCCAUUAUUUACAGCUGACCAGAACGGCUGUGGUCAGCCUCCAGGCCUCCAGAUUUCCUCACAAUGGUCUUUUUGUUCUUCCGUGACGUGUAAGGAGGAGCCAUUAUUUACAACUGACCAGAACGGCUGUGGUCAGCCUCCAGAUCUCCAGACUUCCUCACAAUGCUCUCCUCGUUCUCCCGUGACGUGUAAGGAGGAGCCAUUAUUUACAGCUGACGAGAACGGCUGUGGUCAGUCUCCAGAUCUCCAGACUUCCUCACAAUGCUCUCCUUGUUCUCCCGUGACGUGUAAGGAGGAGCCAUUAUUUACAGCUGACCAGAACGGCUGUGGUCAGCCUCCAGAUCUCCAGACUUCCUCACAAUGCUCUCCUUGUUCUCCCGUGACGUGUAAGGAGGAGCCAUUGUUUACAGCUGACCAGAACGGCUGUGAUCAGCACCCAGAGCUCCAGAUUUCCUCACGAAGCCCUCCUUGUUUUCCCAUGGCGUUUAAGGAUGAACCAUCAUUUACAGCUGAUGGGAACGGCUGUGAUCAGCGCCCAGAGCGCCAGAUUUCCUCACGAAGCCCUCUUUGUUUUCCCAUGGCGUUUAAGGAGGAACCAUUAUUUACAGCUGACGAGAACGGCUGUGAUCAGCGCCCAGAUCUCCAGACUUCCUCACAAUGCUCUCCUUGUUCUCCCAUGGCGUUUAAGGAGGAACCAUUAUUUACAGAUGACGAGAACGGCUGUGAUCAGCGCCCAGAGCUCCAGAUUGCCUCACAAUGCUCUCCUUGUUCUACGAUAACGUUUAAGGAGGAACCAUCAUUUACUACUGACGAGAACGGCUGUGAUCAGCACCCAGAGCUCCAGAUUUCCUCACGAAGCUCUCCUUGUUCUCCCAUAACGUUUAAGGAGGAACCAUUGUUUACAGCUGACGAGAACGGCUGUAAUCAGCGCCCAGAUCUCCAGAUUUCAACUCAAAACUCUUCCUUUUCUCCCAUAACGUUUAAGGAAGAACAAUUAUUGACAGCUGACAAGAAUGGCUGUGGUCAGCGCCCAGAGCUCCAGAUUUCCUCUCAAAACUCUCCUUGUCCUUCCAUGGAGCCAUUAUUUACAGCUGACGAGAAUGGCUGUGGUCAUCGUCCAGAUGUCCAGAUUUCUUCUCAAACCUUGCCUUCUCCCACGACAAAUAAGGAGGAAACACUGAUUAUAACUGAUGAGAACGGCUACCGUAUGGACGCGUUUAUAUUGGAAGCACAUUCUUCCUCCAGUGGUUUGAAAGAUUUCAGAAGUCACAGCGGAGAAAAGACCUUUAAAUGUUCGAGAUGUGAUUACAGAGGUAAAACCAAGUGGUGUCAAAUUAGACACAUGAGAACACACACAGGAGAGAAACCCUUCAAAUGUUCCAGAUGUGAUUACAGAUGUGCACAAGAGGUUCAUCUUACUAGGCAUAUGCGAACUCACACAGUAGAGAAACCAUUUGAAUGUUCUCGGUGUAAUGACAGAUUUCGUACUAAGUGGACCCUAACUACCCAUUUCAGAAAUCACACAGGAGAGAAAGCCUUCAAAUGUGCCUGGUGUGAUUACAGAUGUAGGAACAGGUCGUCCUUAAGUACACAUGUCAGAAUUCACACAGGAGAGAAACCCUUCAAAUGUCUCUGGUGUGAUUACAGAUGUAGUGCCAAGUCGUCCCUAACCAGCCAUAUCAAAACUCACACAAAAGAGAAACCCUUCAAAUGUGAAUGGUGUGAUUUCAAAUGCAGUGCAAAGUGGUCCCUGACUAGACAUCUUAGAAUUCACACCGGAGAGAAACCCUUCAAAUGUGAAUGGUGUGAUUACAGAUGUAGUGCCAAGUCGUCCCUAACUAGCCAUCUGAGAACUCACACAGGAGAGAAACCCUUCAAAUGUGCCUGGUGUGAUUACAGAUGUAGUGACAAGUCGUCCCUAACUAGCCAUCUGAAAACUCACACCGGAGAGAAACCCUUCAAAUGUGCCUGGUGUGAUUACAGAUGUAGUGCCAAGUGGUCCCUAACUGACCAUCUGAGAACUCACACAGGAGAGAAACCCUUCAAAUGUACCUGGUGUGAUUACAGAUGUAGUGCCAAGUGGUCCCUAACUAGCCAUGUCAAAACUCACACAAGAGAGAAACCCUUCAAAUGUGAAGGGUGUGAUUACAGAUGUAGUACAAAAUGGUCCCUGACUACACAUCUUAGAAUUCACACCGGAGAGAAGCCCUUCAAAUGUUCCUUGUGCGAUUACAGAUGUAAUGUCAAGUCGUCCCUAACUAGCCAUCUGAGAACUCACACAGGAGAGAAACCCUUCAAAUGUUCCUUGUGCGAUUACAGAGGUAAUGUCAAGUCGUCCCUAACUGGCCAUCUGAGAACUCACACCGGAGAGAAACCCUUCAAAUGUGCCUGGUGUGAUUACAGAUGUAGCGUGCAGAAAAGUCUAACUAGACAUGUCAAAAGACACACGGGAGAGAAACCCUUCAAAUGUACGUGAGGUGAUUACAGAUGUCCUCGGUAGGUUCAUCUAACUAGGCAUAUCCAAACUCACAUAGGAGAGAAACCAUUUAAAUGUUCGCGGUGUAAUUACAGCUCUAAUUAUAAAGGUAACUUAGAUAAACACAUUAGAAUUCACUCUAAAGAGAAGGCAUACAAG